AUGAAUUCCUCGGAACAGGCCGAAGACCUGAAGGCAUUUGAAAGGAGACUGAUGGAGUAUGUCUCCUGUUUGCAACCGGCAACAGGCAGGUGGAGAAUGCUUCUGAUAGUGGUGUCUGUGUGUACGGCUACUGGGGCGUGGAACUGGUUAACAGACCCCGACACACAGAAGGUCUCGUUCUCUUCAUCACUGUGGAAUCAUCCCUUCUUCACCAUCAGCUGCAUCACUCUCAUAGCUCUCUUCUUUGCUGGGAUACACAGACGAGUUGUGGCACCAUCAAUUAUCGCUGCUCGAUGCCGGACAGUUUUAGCAGAAUACAACAUGUCCUGUGAUGAUACGGGGAAACUUAUUCUCAAACCCCGAACGAACAUCCAAUAA